AUGGAUGACCGCUUGUUGUUCGUUCGGAUCGACGCAUACCUCGGACGCGUUUGGUUGCAGAUCGUUGAUUUCAUUACGAGCUUUGGCGGUGAUUUGAAGUGCCGUCAGUGUAUCAUCCGCGACAAUAUGCGUUACGAAAGAUUAAUAGGCUGUGUGCUGGUGGUGACGGGAGUGGCAGCAAGCCGCGAGGAACCGAAAACGUUUCCUGGAGCGUCGCUUGUGUUGCCAGCCGUCCUGCCAAUUCUUGGCACGAUCAUUCCUUCCCUUAUACCGGGUGCUGUUCCACCGGGAACGGGCGGUGGCGUAGCACUGCCGGGAGUUUCCGUGUCCCAUUCGACAUCUAUCGCCACGUCAGUACACAACAGACCGAUCGCUAUAAGCCAUAGUGGAUCGGUUUCGACGAACGGCAACACGGACGCCGGUUCUGCUGCAGCUGCUGGAUCAACGCAUGGUUCUGUGACCGCCGAAAGCAGUUCGGGAACAAGCCGUAAAACAGGAAACGCCAAAACACUAUUGCUGAGCAGGCGCUGGAGCAAGUUUUUCAAAAAGCUCGGCUAA